UAAAUAAAUCAAUGCACUAGCAAUAAUAAGGAAACAGUUGAUCAUCAUAUGACUGUAUGUUUACUGUUUGUCAUUACUGUAACACUCAUGUUACAAAUGAAUUCUAUCAAACUAAGAUCAGGAAACAUGGAAAAUGUAUGGAUAUGAAAUUUACCAGUUACAGUCAAAAGAUGAACAAUGAAUACUUUUAUUUUUGUGUCUGUCCAUUUACACGAUCCAUCUCACAGAAUUAGACAACAAUGAAACCUAAAUAUUUCAUAUUCACAUUUGGUUAUUAAAUCUUCAGGUACAAUCAUUGCAGUGUCUGGUUCUGUUGAAAAUAAAUUCCUUUAUGUUGUUCCAAAACUUCCCCAGAAACACCUGCUGUUACUGCCUCUGGCUCUAGUUUACAAACUGUGCAUUAAUCAUCAGUGUCAGGAAAUUUGGAAAUGAUUUUUUACAGGGGAAAAUGUUGUGUUGGGUUUAAGAUGAACUUCCCCGACCUUGUUUGAAAUACAGAACUGAAGGUGUAAAACCAGCUCUGAUGCAAACUGUUCAUUCCAGAGGAUUUUUUUCUUUGGGUGAAACUUUAUUGCGGUUACUGAAGUUCUUUCUACGUUUGUGCAUUUUAGAUCAACUUUGAAACCGGGCUCUGUUCUGAUCACAUGUUAAUGUGAGUAGACUUAGUUACAGAAAUAAUUAGUUGUAUUUUACUGGAAAGAUCUAAUUUUGAGGAAAUCUUCACUAAAGAGAUUACAUCAAACAUUUCAGUCCGAAUUUCGUAAUAAAUGCUCUUAUUAUUAUUGAAUGCUCUUAUAUUGUAAUGUUAGUGUUGUUCAACUUGUUUGGUGAAAAACUGUGAAUAUAAUAAUUUUUACGAGAAUAAAGCCUGUUGAUAGAACUUUGAAAGCUUUACUAGCAAUUUGGGAAGACUAAUCGCAUCCCAUCAGAAGCUGUAAACUACUUUAUCUUUUGUUAUGUGGUUUAAAAAUUCCAUAAUGAUUUUUUUCAAUCAUUAGAUCUUAAAUAUGCUGAUCAAAUAAACAAAGUGUAACAUUUCUAUGGUGUUUUUUUAAAUGAACCUUUCUGUAAGCGGUGAUUUAAAAACACUGACUGAGAAGCGUGUCUCAAAGUUGUGACGUGCGGUUCAUUUUCAAUAGUUGCAUGUUUGUCCCACCAAUAAGAAAGACUUUUCAAACCACGUGUGACCAAUAGCCGCCCGCCUCUACAGUUAGUCACGUCCGGUCCGGGUCAUCCCCCGAUGCACGUUUACCUGAACAGUCACUCAGCAGCUGCUAUUUUCAUUUCUCCUUUCUUCUGCGUAGAGGAGGAAGCGAGAGCAACGACAGCGACCCAUAUUCGUCCUCUUUUUUAUUGCUUCUUUUUCCUUUGAGGCACACUCCUUUCUUCCGUAGUCAGUAUUUUGCUUUGCGAGUUAAUUCCGGUAAGAGGCGCUGGUUAGCCGCUCCGCUCAGACCAAACCUCCCCUGAUUUUAUAGCAUUUCUUCCCUUCAGCGUAAGCUAGCUAACGUACCCCGGCGACUGUAAAUCUGUCCCUCCAUCCGCACGCCGACAUGCCGGAGUAUCUGGAAGACCCGUCUUCGCUCACCAAGGACAAGCUGAAGAGCGAGCUGCUGGCUCACAACGUGGAGCUUCCGAGCGGCAACCCGACCAAGGACGUGUACGUGCAGCUGUAUCUGAAGAACCUGACCGCUCAGAACAAGCAGCGUGUUACGGCCGCGACUCUGGACGCCUUUUCCAGCGAUGAGGAGCUGCCGCCGCCCGUCGUCUCCAGCAGAAGUCGCUCCUCCGGCAGAAAAGCCACCAGGAAAACAGACAAGGUUCGGCCAGAUGAGCUGGACGUGACUCUGCUGAGCGACGAGGGCCUGAGGGACGAGCUGUUCAAGCACGGGGUGGACGUAGGGCCCAUUGUUGCAUCCACCCGAAAACUGUACGAGAAGAAACUGCAGAAGCUGCUGGAUGACGGUCCCGCACAGCCAGCAAAGCCACUGCUGGUCGUCACGGAGAUUCAAGUCAACCACAACGGCAACUCUGAAUCAGACCUGUACAGUGACAAGGAGGACGAGGUGACAGCAGCACCAGAACCAGAACCCGUGGCAGAACCUGAACCGGCUCCGGUGGUGGAGAGACCAGUGAGGAGCCGAGGGAAGACUCCCGUCACCACCCGCACCCGCAGCAGCCAGCACAACACGAGAGAGCAGUUGAUGGAUGAGGAAGAUGAUGAUGAUGAAGACCCUGUCCUGAUAGUAAAGCGCAGAUCCAGGAGGUUAUCCCAUAGAACGCAGAUAGUGCCUGAGGAUCUCAGGUUUGUAUUGACAGAUCAGGUUCAGUUGGAGUCUAACAGAGAAGUUCACCACAGGCUGGAGCGUCCAGCUCGGGCUGAACCACCCUCCACCUCGUCCAGACCUGCUCAGCUGCCUCAGAGUCCAGCAGGAGAAUCUCUGACCCGUAGUGUGAGAGAGAGGAGUGUGGGCAGCAAACCCAGGCUCGACCAACCAGAGAAGGUCUGCAGAGCUCCUGGGAGCCCCCGCCUGAAGCUUCAUGAGGAAGAAAUGAGGCUGCAUCUUCCCAAAUCUAGCAAGGAUUCUCCUCACAGGCCAGCCGCUCUUCUCAACACCGCUCUACUCGAGGAACCUGAGCCAGCAGUAGAACACUGUGUCACACCUCUGAGACCAGCAGCUAGGUCUGCUUUCUACAAGUCAAAGAGCCUGACUGAAGAGCACAGUCCACAGCUGGCUGCCAAGCCAUCCAGGCCUUCAUCUCCUUUGGUUCAACUCACCAAAAUUGACCCAGUGACGUUUAGCCCAAUGUGUAACAUCUCACCCAUUAAGAACCAGGAGUCCCACUGGUCUGUGUCAGAGCAGUUUGGAUGUCAGGCUGGCGGUGGCUCUGCAGCAGGGGAGGAGUGUGUCCCUCCAGAUGUCCCGCUGCAUAAAAGGAGGCAGCAGAAAAUCUCCAGCUUCCUGUCCACGUGCAGCCCCGUGAAGACGCCCAGCUGCACGUCCGCUCUGUCCAAGCAGCAGCUAGUCAGACAGGUGGAGAAGAUCGCAGCCAGCGACCAAACCCCUAAAGUGGAAGAGAAUGAUGUUCUGAAAGAGCUGUUCACCAACAACAUCAACAGUCCCACAGGAAUCAGCGCCACCUGUCGACGACCCAUCCGAGGAGCCGCCGGUCGCCCGGUGAAGUCCAGCGACCUCUGGAACGAUGAAAACUACUACUUCUCUCCAAAAACCACCAAGACCAGCAGCAACUCCUGCUCCUACACCGAGAGCCGCACCCUCAACAGAGUCAGCAGCCUGCCCCCCUCCACCUCCUCUACCUCCUCCUCCUCCUCCAUCUCCUCUUUCUCCACCUCCUCCAGGCUCCUGUCCGCAGCGCCUCCCGCAGGUCAGACCAAAGCGGCGCGUCGCAGCGUGUCUCUGUGGAUAAAGCUCUUCCUGCUGGCCAUCGUGGCUGCUUUCCUCUUCCUGGUUUACCAAGCCAUGGAGACCAAUACUAUCAACCCGUUCGCAGGCUCAGAAACAGAAGUGACCAGUGAGAGCACAGCGUAGAGAGUUUCAGGAAGUGUUGUGAGGUGGGGGAGGGGGGGGGGGGGGGGGGGAGAAGCCUGCCUGCUUCUACUUUUUCAUUUUUAAGUGUGAAUCUGAAUUGUAGCCAUUUGUGUUCACAAGCGCUGUGAAAUGAUCUCUGACAUCAUCAGCCCUUGUUUCCUCAUGUUUUGUCUUUUUUUUUUCCUUUUAUUUCUAAAUAAGUUUUCUGUGAAUCCAUAAAGAGAAGCGAUGUAGCCGCUUCAGUGACACUUCAAGGAUCUCCAUGACACAUCGUGAAAGGACAGUACCGCCUCUGCUGUUUGUUGUUUUGGUCCAUCCUUGACCUUUGACCUCACAGUCUGCGAGGUUACAACAAAGCCAGCCACUAAUCAACUGUCAGAAACACAAAUAGAAGCAGUAGCUUUGAUAGAAGUAUGUGGACUCACUACUAUUGCCGUAUUUUUAUUAUUUUUAUGUCAUACUUGCAUGGUGCGUUUAUAUGUGUGUGUGUGUGUGUGUGUGUGUGUGAGAGAGAGAGAGAGUUGAAUGUGUGUGUGGUUGAGAGAUUUCUGCUCACACUUUGCCUUAGUGUCUGUCUGUUAGUCAUUAACAGCCUUGAAGAUGGAGUUUGAAACUAAUUUUGUUUUGUACUCGACCAUCUUUGUUAAUGAGACAGGGAGGCUUGUUAUAAUCCAAAUACUUCUAAAUCUUGUUAAACCCUACGAUAUUUUCUUAAAUGUUCUCUUAUAAUGAAAUAAAAAUGUUCCAUUGUAUUCUACUUAAUUAUGUAUUCACUGUCACAAAUAUUGAAUAUCCACUCAAUAAACUAUUAUGUUGUUAA